CUGCAAGAACUUGAUUCUUUCCCCACCAUCUUCCUUUCAAAAGGAAUCAUUCAGCCAAGCUUCCCCUCUUCUUCCUCACCACCACCUCAAAUUCCUCAUUAUAAACACCACCACCACCUUCCCAUUUGGCUGUGUAUACUGUAUAGAGCUGCAUAUCAUUGACCCAUCACAACCUGUUCCCCUUCAGUUCGCUUCUUCUUCUUCACCUUGUAACAUAUUUGCUUCAAUGGCAUCCAAAAGGAUUCUGAAGGAGCUCAAGGACUUGCAAAGAGACCCCCCAUCUUCCUGCAGUGCAGGUCCAUUGGGUGAGGACAUGUUUCAUUGGCAAGCAACCAUCAUUGGCCCAAAUGAUAGCCCUUAUGCUGGUGGAGUCUUCCUUGUGACCAUCCAUUUCCCACCUGAUUAUCCUUUCAAACCUCCAAAGGUUGCUUUCAAGACCAAGGUGUUCCACCCAAACAUCAAUAGCAAUGGGAAUAUAUGCUUGGACAUCCUUAAGGAACAGUGGAGUCCUGCCCUUACAAUCUCCAAGGUACUGUUAUCCAUAUGCUCGUUGCUCACGGACCCAAACCCCGACGACCCGCUCGUCCCGGAGAUCGCCCACAUGUGCAAGACCGAUAAAUUUAAGUACGACUCGGCGGCUCGCAGUUGGACCCAUAAAUAUGCCAUGGGUUGAAGCCAAAACGUACUCCGAGAUUUAAACUAAAAUCCCAUCACGUUUGUUAUGCUGCAACAGAUUCAAUUCAUCCCCACCCUUCACCCAAAGAAACUAUGUUGUCCAGAAAUGUAUGAUUGUCAUUUGUGAAAUCUCUGAAAUAAAAUUUGGUGCGGGGGCUUUUCAAUUUCGAACA